UGACGUGUCAACAGGGGCAGUGAGGGAAGUUUGCAGGCUUGACAUUUUUAGUUUGAAAAGGGCUACCUGUUUUAAAUGUAGUAUUAUUAGUUUUUGUUGAGAAUCAUGUCCCUGCUGCAGUGUGUGUGCAGGUCAACAUGCAGUGGAGGAAACACAUUACUGGGCUCGCUUUUAGUAUCGUUUUCGUUGUAUCAUAUUUCACGAACAAGUUCGUCCUGUCAGUGUUAAAAUUCACAUAUCCGACCUUAUUUCAAGGAUGGCAGACAUUUGUCGGGGCUCUUCUGCUUCUACUCUCUGGGAAGUUUGGAUGGGUGGAAAUGAGCCGCAUUACCAGAUCAGCGGCUCUUUCCUGUCUUCCAGGCUCCCUCCUGUUUGUGGGAAACAUUUAUGCUGGUUCCAGGGCUUUAUCACGCAUUGACAUUCCUUUUUUCUUCACUCUUCAGAAUUCCUCCCAUGUCGUCAGUUACAUAAUCCUGAAGGUUGUCCAUAGAGAGAAGACACAAUGGCUGAAAUUGUUCAGCAUAUGUUUCAUGCUGCUGUCAGCCAUCAACCUCCCGAUGUACGACCCUCAGUUUGACAUCAGUGGUUACCUGUGGGCUGUUGGUCAUCUGCUCUGUGUGGGUGGAUACAGAGUGUUUCAAGUUCACUACAAAUCCAGUAAUUUGAGUGACCUCGAACAACAGUGCAUUAACUACUUGUUUAGUGUACUGCUUCUGGCCAUCGCUGCUCACCCAUCAGGUGACCUCAUGGGUGCCAUGGAGUUUCCCUCACUUCAGUCCUACACAUUUCACUGUGGCUGCUGUGCAAGUGCACUGCUGGGGUUUUUGUUGUUGCUGGCCACAGUGAAACUAAAGAGUAGGCUGACCCUUGAGCACUUUGAGGUCUGGAUAUUUCUGUCUAAGAUCACCGCCAUGUUCCUGUCCCCUUUUGUUUUCAACAUGGACAUUAACACUCCAUCUCUUAUUUGUGUGGUCACCAGUCAUGUUGGAGAGGCCCUGCUGGUGUAUUCCCAGAGAGACUCUCAGUUGUGAUAAAUAAGAACAUUCCAGCUACGCCCAAAGACAUUGUUUUCUAUCAAAAUAAAACGUAUUUUUGUAACUUCUC